GCAGGCAGGUCUGCCUGGGAGCUGUGGCUGGCACCCCGGCUAGAAUGGGUUCUCUCUGGGGCCUGGGUCUGCCCCUCUUCUUCUGCUGCUGGGAGGCUGGGGUCUCUGGGAGCUCUGCAGGCCCCAGCACCAGCAGACCAGAGCUUUUGGUGACAACAAACAACAUAGAAGUGACUGCUGUGUCUCCAGAGGUCAGGACAAGCUCAGAGGGAGCCUUCCAGACCAAUGACCUCACUGAGACCUCAGCACCUGGCCAUGUCACUUUGGAAACUCAAACCCUGAGGAUCUUAACCCCAGCUGGCACCAUUCGAGAAGCAGAUACCAGGGAAACCAAGACUAUUUCUCUUGCCACAGAGACAAUGACUCUCAAAAAAACAAUACCUUCCAAGUUCAUGGUUAUGAUCAGCUCUCCUACGGAGACAUCAGCCCCAAGUGGCAGUCCCUCAGAGACUAGGAUGACCACAGUUGAGUCUGUAACAGGCAGUAAAUUUGCUGAAACUAUCUUUGACACCCUCUGUACUGAUGACAGCUCCGAAGAGGCAAGGAGGAUCACAAUUGAUGUCUUGACACUGGCUGACACCGCUGCGCAAACUGAGGGCCUGUCCUCAGAGAGCAGCGCCUCUUCUGACAACUCACUUCCAGCCAUCACCACCUCACAAGUCCUGGCACCUGACGUCAUUACUCCAGCCAAAGCCUUGGUUGUCUCCAGCAUCACCCACAUCGAGGUUACCAAUUGCAGCAUUACAGAAAUGGAAACAACUGCCACUAUCCCUGGGGUCUCAGUCACAGAUCACAGCCUCACAGAAGGAGGGAAGGCCUUGUCCACCUCUGAGACAUCAGCUUUGCCUGCCUCCACUGAAGCAAAAUCACACAUUCUCGAGACCACAACCUCUGCUGGCACCUUGUCAACAACCAGCACCGCAGAGCCAGCCACACCUGAUACCACAGCUGAGACCCCACUCCCCACCAAUAGCACCACAGAAAGAGAAACAACAGCAGCCAAAGCCACUACCCCCAAUGGAGCUUUGGUGACAGUUAGCAUGAACACCUCAGAAGGAACCUCAGCCCUCUCUGUUGAGACACCAAGCCACACUGAAGUUUCAAGAGCAGUUACAGUCUCCACAGAGGCUGGGUCAACAGCAGGCAAAGCAAUUUCAUCUGCUGGGUCCUCAGCUUUCGUCUACAGCUCCUCAGAAAUAGCCACCAUCAAGAAAUCCACCCCUUCAGAGACUCCUACCACAGACAGUGCAACCCAUGGGCACUUCCCCAUCAGCAAGAGCCCUCUUCCUUCUGUCCAUCUGACUACAGACAACAGCAGCCAAGAAACAAACAUCACCUUAGCCAAGAUCACAACUUCAGCCAAGACCCCAGUGAAGCCUCCAGCAGCCACACCCACCACUGCUCAGACAAGGCAGACCACAAAAGUUACUGCAGAUGAGGAAGAAGGCUUCCUCCUCCUGCGGCUGAGUGUGGCCUCCCCAAUAGACCUCACUGAGCCCAGAGUGGCAGAGAGGCUGAUGCAGCAGCUCCGCCGUGAACUGCAUGCUCAUAAGCCUCCCAUCCAAGUCUCCUUGCUGCGUGUCAGGAGGCGCUAAGGAAUAUCAGCACAGCCAGGCAUGCCCUUUAUGCCAAAAGAAGAACAGUGGCCUGGGCUUCCACCGACAGAUGGGAGCCAUGUUACUGUGCUGAGAUGUACCCAGAAGGUUUGCAUGAAGGUCAGCUGGCCCACGCCUUUUACCCCCGAUGUGGCUUACAUAUGCCUGAGUGUAUGUGUGUGGGGAGGGGGGCUUCCCUUGUUCCUGGAGGUGCCCUUGGACUUCCCUUGGCACAUGUGUUGUGUUUUAGUAAAGACAGACCUGAUCAUCCUUC